ACUCCGCGAUGGUGACUGCGGGAGGUUUUACGUAAAAUUUAACAGGCGACGAAACUUGGAUUUACGGACCUCACCUUUAGCCUACGCCCAGGUGUCAAAGUACAGGUGUUUAUAUCUCGGCUCCUGCCUGUGAUAUCCUCUCCGGCGUAUCUUCAAUUGCUGUCCUUUACUUUUGUGCAGUAUUAGAUUAGUUUUUUGUUUUUUUUUGUAGCUGUGUUUGUGUUCAGAUGACGGCACAGGUCGACUACCUGGUGGUGAUUUUCACCGCCACAUCUGGAGCGAGCGGAGAGUUGUUGGGAUCUGACGAGAAGGAGCUAGUGCAGUUGGUUUGGCAGCUGGUGGAUGUAAAGAAUAAAAAGUUGGGCAAGGUGAAUGAGCUUCUCAUUAAGCCGGACCUCUCAGACUUGACAGAGGAAAAAGAGGAGGAGGAUGUGGUGGAGGAGAGCGUGGAAGAGGACAAUAGAUCCGGAGCAGAUAAUGUCUUUACAGCCACAAGUCUAGAGACCGCAUUAAACCUGUUUCAUCUACAACUGACAAACGAAGUGAACAGCACGGGCGCAGGCACGUCUGUGUGUUUGUGUACAGACGGGCAGCUCCACAUCCGUCAAGUGAUUCACCCUGAGGCUGCGAGCAAGAAUAUCCUGGUCCCAGACUGUUUCUACUCAUUCUUUGAUCUUCGGAAAGAGUUCAAGAAGCACUUCCCCACAUCUGACCUCAAGGCUUUGAAUAUACACAUCAUGGCAGAGUCUCUUAGUAUACCUGUUGAUGUGCCCGCCAUGUGGGACCCCUCAGCCACCCUGGAUUCAUCAGCCAUACUGCCUGCAGAAAUAGCAGUACAGCAGACCCAGAUUAUGGGCAGUAUUGUCCUUGCCCUGCUUUCUGAGCCAUUUAGCCACGCAUUUUCUACACAGGAGAGAGUUAGUGAGAAGUUUGAGUCUGGCACUUGCAGUAAGAUGGAGAAAGUGUGUGACAGCACAGUGAUCAGAGCCAGAGGGUUGCCAUGGCAGUCUUCUGACCAGGACAUAGCUCGAUUCUUCAGAGGACUCAACAUUGCUAAAGGAGGAGCUGCAUUGUGUCUUAAUGCUCAGGGGAGAAGGAACGGAGAAGCUCUUGUUCGUUUUGUCAGUGAAGAUCACAGAGACCUGGCGCUGCAGAGACACAAACACCACAUGGGCAACAGAUACAUAGAGGUUUACAAAGCAACAGGAGAGGACUUCCUGAAGAUAGCAGGAGGUACCUCCAAUGAGGUAGCAAUGUUCCUGUCCCGAGAGGACCAGAUCAUAGUGAGGAUGCGAGGUCUUCCUUUCAUAGCCACACAUGAGCAGGUGCUCAACUUCUUUUCCCCGGAGGAGGGCCUUAAAGACAUGUGUCCGGUCAGCGGAGGGAAGGAUGGCAUCCUAUUUGUUCGCUAUCCAGACGGGCGUCCCACUGGCGAUGCCUUUGUUUUAUUUGCCUGUGAGGAACACGCCCAGUGUGCUCUGAGGAAACACAAGGAAAUCCUGGGGAGAAGAUAUAUUGAGUUGUUCAAAAGUACAGCAGCAGAGGUCCAACAGGUGUUAAACCGGUACUCGUCGGCCCCUCUGAUCCCCGUGGCUCCUGCCCCCUUGGUGUCAAUGCUGCCCACAGUGUCACUCCUGCCCUCUCCUGGUGGUGUGAGGGACUGCCUGAGGCUGAGGGGGCUGCCGUACACAGCGAGCAUAGAGGACAUCCUCACCUUCCUGGGCGAGUUUACACACGAUAUCAGACCACAUGGCGUGCACAUGGUCCUCAACCAGCAGGGUCGUCCAUCAGGUGACUGCUUCAUCCAGAUGACCUCAGCAGAGCGUGCUAUUCAGGCCUCACAGCGGCUCCACAAGCAUGUCAUGUCCAGCCAGCGUGGGGCCAACAGCCGCUACGUGGAGGUGUUCUCCUGCAGCGCAGAGGAGAUGGGCCUGGUGCUGAUGGGAGGCUCGCUCUCACACACACAUACACACACACACACCCGGAACAGGAGUGGGACAGGGCUCAGCCCGCCGCCAUGUAAGUCAAGACGUUUAUCUCCAUCAGCCUACUCCUUCGCCCCCGCUCCACCUGUCAUGUCUACAGAGGCCACUGCCCUCUACCCUCCAAUGGGUCAGAUGUUGCUGGCCCCACGCCACCUGCCACCAGGACAUGCCUACUACCCCGCCUCAGCUCAGCUAUACAUGAACUACGCUGCUUACUACCCUAGUCCACCUGGCUCACCUACCACCGUAGGUUUCUUCCCCUCCCCCUCUUCCCUCUCCUCGCUCGCCUCCCCAGGGGGGUUGAUUCGCAUGCCAGGUCUGACCUACAGCAGCAAUGGAGUCAAAGACCUCAUUAAUGCAGUGCAGGCAUACCAGAGUCCCGCGGAGUCCGUGUCUCUCCUGAGCAGCAGUCUGAUUGGUCAGUCCAGUGGCGGUGAUGCUCCUCUCAUGUCCCUCCCCACUCUCAUGACCAAGCCGGCGGGGCAGUACCUGGACCUGACCCUGCUGUAGGGUCACAGAUAUACAAAGGUCAUGUAUAUGUCAUGUAAUGUAUAUUAGGUUUUUAAAAAUAGUCUUUUAGAUUUGUUAUUUAUAUCUUUAAGAACAGAAAUUUAUGUAUUUUAUACCAAAAUCAUUGUGGCCUUAGCCAAAAAUAGCAGUUUUUGUCUUAUAUUGCACAGUAUGUAUUUCAAAAGCUUUAUAGAGAUUUUUUUUUUACAUGUUAUGAUAUUAUAAUCAUGAUGAUAUAUUUGCUAGCCACACUAGAGAAGAAUGACCAAGUAGCAACCAAGCUAAAUUUUUUCGUAAGCUUUUCUGUGAAGAGUGAAAGUGUGUGAGUGUGUUUUAGUGUGAAAGAGAUGAAAAUGAGUAUUUUGCAUGGCUAUGUUGAAACGUCUCAAUACUCAAUCUGUUUAUGCAAUGCAUUUGUAUGUUUGUUAUGUUUAUAUACAUUUGAUACAGUACACAGUGACUGUAUUGGAAGCUUUAGUGCAUGAAGAAGUUAGUAGUACAACUUUAAGAUGUUUACAUAAUGCCAAAUAUCAAUGCACUGCUAAUCAAUACGACUACUAAUGAAUAUAAUAGCAGUAUCUUGAAUAAUAACAUGUUACACUGUGAGUUUGUCAAAUAGUCUGAUUCUUGCAUCAGGCUUCACUUACAAAAGUAUCUCACGCAAAUCUCACACUCAUUAGCCCCAUUAGCCUUACCUUCAUAUGUACCCUAUAUGGAUCUGUUUCCAUGUUGUGUAAUGCCAAUGUUGUCUUGCCCUUUGUUUUGGACUCAAAUUUGAACAGGACAGUCCCAGUUCUCUGUAACCUAACUACAGGGUUGCAUUCUUCAAGAGGACCUACAGUAUGUGGCAAGCUCUCUUACUGAGUGAAUCCCAGGAGCCAGAGGUGGUUUCUGACAAAAUUGUAUUACAUUUUUUACUCCAGAUACGACCACAAAGAUGUAUCAGUCCAUCACACUUUCCUUGUCUUCUUUCCACCAUCCACGCUGAUGUCAGGGGAAGCAAUGCAGCAAACGUGUUUUCCCUGCAGAAAUCCCUUUCGAUAUUUCUCUUUUUAACUACAUCAUUUGGAGAGUGGAUGGAAAGUUGAGAAGGAAAGGAAAUGAAGGACACCUCUGCCAUGUAUCUUGUGAAUUUAAUUGUGCCCUGCAAAGUUGCUGUUUGAGCUUUAUGUUGCUGCACACACUUCCUACAGUGGGAGUCUAAACUCCUGCUCAGGACAUCCUGCUGUGGCAAUGCUGAAACAACAAUAAACAUAACAUGUGAAGUCU